AUGCAAGCCACCGAGAGCGACUUGGCCCUGUCAUGGUUGGUGAGGCAGACAAACUUGACGGCAGAGGACUUCGAAGCCCUCAUGCUCGAGGUUUCAGCCAAGAAGGCAUUUGGGCUUCUGAUCCGACAGGAUCAAGGGGACCGGCUGGGCGGCUUAGACUUAGACCUUCUGCAGACCGGCUUGAAGAAUGUGACCGAGUCCCUCGAGAAGCUCCUGCUGGGCGGCUUUGCCCCAAGGCUGCCGGCACCAUCCAGUGAGGCGGCUUACAACCUUGUCCUUGACGUGGAGAUGGCAGUGAACGGCUUCCGAGAGGCUGCAGCUAUUCCCAACCUUCGCAGUGCCCAAUCGGGAGCAAUCGCUGUUUGCGAGGCGGCAGAGACAUUAGCCAAGCGGUACAUGGCAGAGGGUGUUGAGGCGAUUGCGGGAUGGCUCGGAGCAAGGGCUGAGCAGGCAAACUGGCAGAGGGCGCUGGCAGCUGAGGCCUUUGGCGCUGCAGCAGCCGAGAUACCUGGAGCUCUUUCUGAAGCCACCCUGCAGUUCGAAGCUGUGCACGGCCGGCUUCACGAUGAAAUUAUACCGGAGCGACAGGACCUUCUGGAGGUUUGGCAAGAAAUCGACUUGGCUUGGGCUUCCUUCAAGAUUCAGAUGGAGGGCCAGAGUGUGGCGGCAAUGUCUUCGGCUCUGAGUGAGUUGGAUGUGGUACUGGCCUCAUCGGUGCCGAUGUUCGGCAUGAAGGAUGUGCCAAAUCCACCGACAGCCCCUUGGAUGUUCGCGGCAAUGUACGGCGCCCUGGGUGUGACGCUAACUUUUUGCGGCUGUGCAGGCUGCUACAUGUUUCAUAGAUCCCGCCGCCAGAAGGUGGAUGACCCCUAUGCAGACGGCGCCAACUACGCCUAA